CGCACUUUCACCUCAUGUCUUUACAAGAAGAAAUCACCCGCCGUCGCACGUUUGCUAUUAUUUCGCACCCCGAUGCGGGUAAAACCACACUUACUGAAAAACUGUUGUGGUUUGGCGGUGCUAUACAAGUAGCGGGUGAAGUGCGUGGCCGCAAAGCAUCGCGCCAUGCAACAUCGGACUGGAUGGAGUUAGAAAAACAACGUGGCAUUUCGGUGACUUCAUCGGUCAUGCAGUUUCCUUAUCGCGAGCACAUGGUGAACUUGCUCGAUACGCCCGGCCAUGAUGACUUUUCUGAAGAUACUUAUCGCACGCUGACUGCCGUGGAUUCAGCCGUGAUGGUAAUUGACUCGGUGAAUGGCGUAGAAGCGCAAACCAUUAAGCUGCUCAAUGUGUGCCGCAUGCGCGACACACCGAUUAUCACCUUUAUUAACAAGUUAGACCGCGAAAGCCGCGCACCAAUUGAAUUGCUCGAUGAAAUUGAAACCACGCUUGGCAUGGAAUGUGCGCCAAUGACGUGGCCGAUUGGUAUGGGUAAAAGCUUCCGUGGCGUUUAUAACUUGUACACAGAUUCUGUUUCGUUUUUUGACCCACGCGCAGAAAAAGGCACGUCGGAAGUGAUUCAAGGCUUAGAUAAUCCGCGUUUGGACGAGUUGCUAGGCCCUGUUGCGGCUGAUUUGCGCGUGGAUAUUGAAUUAGUGCGUGGCGCAUCCCACAGCUUUGAUAAAGCGCGCUAUUUAAGCGGCAAGCAAACACCGGUGUAUUUUGGCUCAGCCAUUAAUAACUUUGGCGUGCAAAGCUUGUUAGAUGCCGUGGUCGAUUUAUCCCCUGCACCAUUGGCACGUAACUCGUCUAGCCGCAUGGUGGCGCCAGAUGAGCCUAAAUUUUCAGGCUUUGUAUUUAAAAUACAAGCCAAUAUGGACCCUAAACACCGAGACCGCAUUGCAUUUUUGCGCGUGUGUUCAGGCCGUUUUGAGCGUGGAAUGAAAAUAAAACAAGUCGCCACCGGCAAAAUGAUGGCUGUCAACAACGCCAUUACCUUUAUGGCGCAAGACCGCACCACCAUGGAUGAAGCCUAUUCUGGCGAUAUUAUUGGCAUCCCUAACCACGGCACCAUUAAAGUGGGCGAUACAUUUACCGAGAACGAAAAUCUUAAAUUUACGGGUAUUCCAAGCUUUGCGCCAGAAUUUUUCCGCCGAGCUAGAAUUAAAAAUCCAAUUAAAAUGAAGCAGUUACAAAUUGGACUUAAACAACUUUCUGAAGAAGGUGCGGCGCAAUUGUUUCGCCCGUUAUUGAGUAACGAUUUAAUUUUAGGUGCAGUGGGUAUGUUGCAAUUUGAAGUGGUGGCGCACCGCUUAGAACAUGAAUACAGCGUUGAAAUGGUGUUUGAACCUUACGACUGCUAUACCGCGCGCUGGCUACGCGGUAAAGAUGCGGAUUUAAAAGCGAUUGCUGAUAAAUACGGCUUUAACGUAGCCUUAGAUGUGGCGGAUGAUUAUGUUUACCUUGCGCCAAACCGCGUGAAUUUGCAAAUGGCGCAAGAGCGCUACCCAGAUAUUGAAUUUGCUGAGACGCGAGAG